CGGCGACAUACAUAUCAACCAGGUCAUGCCUGCCCGUGUCCGCAAGCCAGGCUCCCACACAAUACCGCAAAACCCGCACCCCACAAACCCCAAAGCCCCCAGAAGAGCAGCAAAACAGACAGGCAGCCUCCAGCAGAAAGCACCACGCAAGGACACCCAAACACCCUCCCCCCAACCCUCUAACCCUCACCCCCAGGCCCGCAACCAACCCAACUCCACACCAGAACAUCGUGCACACAGCGUACGCACACCAAGACGCUCACGCGCGUCUUUACCUCCCGCUAACUAGCUAACCUCAUCCGCGAGCCCUUUGUCGACUUCUGCCUCAUCUUGGUCGCUCGCUGUGCGCCGGAGAAGCCCCUGGAAAGCGCUUCUUGAGAUCCCCCACGUGCAAGGGGCUGAUUGAGUGGAUAUUGCUAGUGUGUGCUGGUGAGAGCCGAGGACUGUUUUGCUUUGGAUUUGGUAAGGUGGACUGCGUGCAUCGAUUGCUGUGGAUGCUGAUAAGCGUUGUUUCGACGUUAUGAUACUGUU